ACUCAGAAAAGCAUGACUGCCUCCACCAAUAUCUCAUUUUCACACUUUUCUCCUUUUGAGAUUCAACAUGGGAGCUUCUGUCCGCUGGAGUUGGUUCACUGCGCUUCUAUGUCUCCUCUGUAUGGGGUGUGAAGUUCAGUGUGAUUGCACUGAGGAGGGUGUGCACAUCCAGGGGGGUCAUUACACACUGAGCAAGAAGCUAGAAAAAGGCAGCCAGCUGGUCUACCGCUGUCCUGAAGGUUAUUAUCCAUACCCUCAUCUUCGUCAUCUAUGCCAGCCUGGUGGCAAAUGGGAACCCACACCAAGGCGACAUCAGAAAUGCAGGCUUGUUGAAUGCCCAGACCCCAAUGUGCUGCAGAAUGGAAACGUCUCCCCUCCUCUGCAGAAGUACUUUGUUACUAAUGAAACCACAUAUGAGUGUCACGCUGGAUACACACUAAGAGGCUCAUCCAGUCGUACUUGUUUACCAAAUGGAAAGUGGAGCGGCUCCACUCCCAUCUGCAGCCGCGACUUUGGAGAUACCUGUGCUGAUCCUGGAAUUCCAGCUGGCUGCUCAAGAACAGGGAAUACAUUUGGAAUUGGUGACAAAGUAAAAUAUACCUGCAAUGGUAACUUGUUUUUGGUGGGGUCCAGUGAGCGAGUGUGUCAGGAGAAUGGCCAGUGGACUGGGCAAGAGCCAGCGUGUUACUACAAACACACCUAUGACACUGCAACUGAGGUUUCAGAGGCAUUCGGCAGUGCAAUCAAACACACCCUCAACAUUUUGCAACCUACUGAUGACAUGCAAGAAGGAAGAAUAAUCAGGAUGUCAACAAAUGGGACACUGAACAUCUACAUUGCUGUGGACAUUUCUCAUAGCAUCAGCACAGAGAACCUCCAAAGAGCAAGAGAUGGAGUCAUAACACUUAUUGAAAAGAUUUCAUCCUUUAUGGUGUCGCCAAACUAUGAAAUCAUCUUCUUCUCCUCUAAUGUAUAUGAAAUUGUCAACAUUCUUGAUUUCAUUGAUGGCAACAUAACACUGGCUUCAAUCAUAAAUAACUUAAAAAAACUUGAUACAACUGACAAAGCCACAGGAUCAAAUCUGAAUCUAGCCUUCAGGACAAUGAAGGAGCGCAUGGUUAUGAUCAAACACCGAGUUGGAGCAGAAGCUUUUAAGGAGCAUCGUCAUGUCCUCGUCUGUUUUACAGAUGGUUCUUAUAACAUGGGUGGUAACCCUAUGCCCACUGUGGACAGAAUAAAGAACCUGGUGUACAUGGACCAUACUGACACAUCUAAAGAGGAAUAUCUGGACAUCUACAUUUUUGGUAUUGGGGUCGAAACCAGCGAUGAAAACCUACAGUCCCUCACAACAGGAACCAGAGGCCGGCAUUACUUCAGAAUUAAAGAUGCUUCAAUAUUAUCUUCAACCUUUGAGGAAAUAAUUGAUGACAGUGAAGUUAGCGGUCUCUGUGGUCUUUACAAAGAUUACGAAACCACAGGUGACAAAAUAAGUAAGAGGAAAAGAUAUCCAUGGGUUGCAUUUGUUUCUGUCACAGACGCCCAGAGACAAUCUUUCCUCAGAUGCUUCGGCUCGCUUGUAUCACCUCACUUUGUGUUGACUGCUGCUCACUGCUUCCAUUUGGGAAAUAUUUUACCAGAGCACGUCACAGUUGAAAUUGAAGAUGGACACGGCAGCGGAGUCAAAAAAGUCAAAACGUUCACGUUACACCCGGAAUUCAAUGUCAAGGCAAAAGUCAGUCAAGGUGUUGAUGAGUUUUAUGACUAUGACGUGGCGCUCGUCCAACUGCAGGAGGCUGUCAACAUCUCCACUGUUGCAAGACCUAUUUGCAUACCUUGCACCCAGGAAACCAGUGAUGCUUUAAAACUGUCUGGUCUUUCAACAUGUGCACAACAAGAGGAACUUUUGUUGAAGAAUCACUGUGAAAGACUUAGUUUUCUAACUAAGAUGGACACUCUGGUAUAAGAAAAAGAGGUCUUUGCCAAGCUUGGUGACAAUAGAAAUGCAUGCAUCAAAAAAGUACUAAAUGUACGAGGCAUAAGGGUGACUGAUCCAACAGUUGCUGUGACUGAUAACUUCCUGUGUACUGGUGGUCUGACUGAGCACAGAGACCAUAUAGCGUGUGGAGGUGAUGGUGGAGGUGCUGUGUUCAAAAACUAUGAUUACCGCACAAUACAGAUCGGAGUGGUCAGCUGGGGAACCCACUUAGUUUGCAGGGGUGGUGGUCUGGACUAUUCCACUGAAGACUCCAGAGAUUUCCACAUAAAUCUCUUCAGAAUGGUCCCUUUUCUCAAGUCUAUCCUUGGAAAUGAUGAUCAGGAUGAUUAUGCACCACUUAGAUUUUUGAGAGAUUAAAUGCAUUGACAUACUAUGAUAUGAUCUGCCAGCUCACUUGAUGUAUUCUGUUUAGAUGCAUUAACUGGUGGUAUUUCUCUGACUGAUGCUCAGAUGAUUAAAGUCAUCCUCUUAUUCAUUUA